ACAUUCACCGGAAACCACGUGGUUCAGCUCCUCACAACGCGCAUGCAGCUGCUGGGAUGACUUCCCUUUACUAGCGUGUAGUUUUUUAAUGGUAGCAUAAAGCUAACUCCUCAUUACAACCAUGUCGGGCAAGUCUGAACUGAAAAUUAACCCCCGGUUCGCGGAGAAAUAUGAGAAGUAUCGACAGAAAGAGGAGCUACAGAGACUGAAGGACCGAUAUGGAGACCGAGCUGAUGAGAGCGGCUCCGAGUCGUCCGAGUCCAGCUCUGAUGACAGUGAAGUGGAACUGGACCCUGAAACCGAGAGAGACUUUUACAGAACUUUGUCACUGCUGAAGAAGAAAGACCCAAAGAUCUAUGAGACAGAUGCCAGGUUCUACUCAGAGGCAUCCACCCGUGAUGAUGAUGAACCUUCAACCUCGAAGAAAGCAGUAAAGCCCAUGUACCUCAAGGACUACGAGCGUAAGGUCAUCCUGGAGAAGGAAGGUAAAUAUGUGGAUGAUGACGACAGUGAUGAAGAGGCGGAGGCCAGGAGAAUGGAGAGAGCUGCCUCUCCGAGCUACAUUCAGGAGCAGAGGGCGCUGAAGGAAAGCUUCCGUAAGUUCAUCCAGGACAGCGAUGAUGACGACGACGACGGCGACAAGGGCGGCGAAGGAAGUGGAGAAUCCCAGCUGCUGACUAGGAGGAUCAAGACACAAGAAGAGAAGGAUAAAGAAGAGGCAGACUUUGUGGAGUGGCUGAAGGGCCAGGCUGAGCUCGAGGGUCCAGAGGAGGUGAAGGACAUGAAAUACCUGCGAGACUACUGGAAUGACCCACAGCUGGAUGAGAAGGAGCGUUUCCUGAGAGACUAUUUCCUCAACAAGGGCUACCUAGAAGAGGACGAUGACGAUGAGCGGAUCCCAACCUACGACGAGGUGGUCCAGGAUGACGUGGAGGACUCGGAGGAGGAAGGGGAGACUUUCUUGGAGCGGCAGGACGACUUUGAGAGACGCUACAACUUCCGCUUUGAGGAGCCUGACGCCCAGGAGAUCAAAACGUACCCCCGCAACAUCGCCACGUCUGUGCGCUCCAAAGACGACCGCAGGAAACGCAAAAGGGAAGAAGUGAAAGAAAGGAAGACAAAGGAGAAAGAGCAGAAGCAGGAGCAGCUGAAGCAGCUGAAGAACCUGAAGCGCACUGAGAUCAUGGAGAAGCUGAAGAAGCUUCAGGAGCUGACCGGUAAUGAGCAGCUAGCCUUCAGUCACGCCGACCUGGAGGGAGACUUUGAUCCACAGCAGCACGAGCAGCUCAUGCAGAAAGUCUUUGGUGAUGAAUACUACGGAGAGGAAGAAGGGGAGAAGCCUCAGUUUGAUGAUGACGAUGAACUUGAGGAGCGCUGGAACUGGGACACAUGGACUGGAGAGGAACAAGAGGGCUAUGGUGAAGAGGAAGAACAGUACGAUGGAGAGGAGUAUGAUGCCUCGGCUCCCCACUGUGAUGAUGAAGGCUUUAUUAUGGAUGCAGACUAUGACCCCAACCAGCAAACUGCCUCCAAGAAGAAGAAGAAAAAGGAGAGGAAGAAGAUGCAGAAAGCAGACCUGCCACAGAUGGGCAAAAAGAGAAAGAAGUCUCACUUUGCGGAGGUCAUCACCAAAAACAAACCCGUGUUUGAUCCACAGGAGAAAAGCUUUGAGCAGUACUUGGACGAGUACUAUAAGCUCGACUAUGAGGACAUCAUAGACGACCUCCCCUGCAGGUUCCGCUACAGGCAGGUCCUGCCCAACGACUUCGGCCUGACCACUGAUGAGAUUUUAAAGGCUGAUGAUAAGGAGCUCAACCAUUGGUGCUCUCUGAAGAAGACCUGCAUGUUCAGGACUGACAAAGAGGAGACGAGUGAUUUGAUGAACUAUAAAAUCAAAGCCCAGAAUAUAAGGAAGAAGAAAGAAGUCCUGAGCUCUGUAUAUUCUGAGCAAGAUCAAGAGGUGACGGAGGCUAAGACCAAGCUGGGGAAGAAGAGAAGAGAUCGUCUGAAGAACGCUGAGAAUGAAGGCGGAGAGGAGGCCGGUGUGGCCGCCUCUGGUGUGGACCCAACAGAAGCAACACUCGUCCAAGCUCUGAGAGAGGCAGGAGACGAGGCAGCAGAGGACCGGGAGGAAGAAGAGAUUCUGAUCCCAAAGAAAAAGAUGAGACAAGAAAAGGGACCCCAGACAGAGGUUACUGCUGCAGAGGAUGUGGCAGAUAAAACUGUUGAGGUGAAAAACAGGACUGAGAGGCCAAAGUGGUCCAAGAAGAAGCACAGGCCUUCAGGUGGACGCCUCGUGUCGGGAAGCGCAGGGGUGAAAAUAGGCGGUCGGGAGUUCAGCAGGCAGCGACUGAAGGCUUACGGUCUGAACCCCAAGAGACUGUUCUUCAGACAGCUCGGCAGGCAGAAACGAAAAGCACAGGAGAAGAUGGAGAAGCAGAAAAAGGAGUGAUCCACAGUCUGAGAGAUACCAGUCGACAGAACAAUCCAAUUUUUAUUACAAUGAAAAUUAAAUACAUUAUAGAGAACAUAACUCAUUUUGAUUGGCUCACAUUGACUUUUUUUGAAAUGCUAAAACAAUGAAAUGUUAAUGUUGGCAACACUUUUUACCUGUAAUUAAUAUUUAUACUUGGUAUGAAAUUUAGAUUAUGGGAUAGAUGGGGGUUGGACCUAUUCACUGAUAAUUUGUCUUUAGAUUUCAUCAACUGUAAUAAACAUGCAGUUAAAAUUUGACCCCUGUGCAUUUUAAGACUUGUUGUUCCAGGCCAAGCUUGAGUAAAAAGAUGCUUCCUGUUCA